AUGGUCGCCCCGCAGAUGCCCCAGCUCCUCUCCUCGACGGUGAUCCUGGCGCUCUUUUUCCUUCCCCAGGUACAGCCGGCCGGCGUCUUCGAGCUGCAGAUCCACUCUUUCGGGCCGGGACCAGGUCCGGGCGCCCCGCGGUCCCCCUGCAAGGCCGGGGGCUCCUGCCGUCUCUUCUUCAGGGUCUGCCUGAAGCCAGGGCUCUCCGAGGAGACCGCCGAGGCUCCGUGCACCCUGGGCGCGGCGCUGAGUGCGCGCGGACCGGUCUACACUGCGCAACCUGGAGCUCCAGCGCCCGAACUGCGGCUGCCUGACGGCCUCCUGCGCGUGCCCUUCCGGGACGCCUGGCCGGGCACCUUCUCUCUCAUCAUCGAAACCUGGAGAGAGGAGUUAGGUGGACAGAUUGGAGGUCCCGCCUGGAGCCUGCUGGCGCGCGUGGCGGGCCGGCGUCGCCUGGCGGCCGGCGGCCCAUGGACCCGGGACGUGCAGCGCGCAGGCGCCUGGGAGCUGCGCUUCUCCUACCGUGCGCGCUGCGAGCCGCCGGCCGUCGGGGCUGCGUGUGCGCGCCUCUGCCGCUCACGUGGCGCCCCCUUGCGAUGUGACCCGGAACUGCGCCCCUGCGCGCCCGUUGAGGACGAGUGCGAGGCACCGCCAGUGUGUCGAGCAGGCUGCAGCCCAGAGCACGGCUUCUGUGAGCAGCCGGAUGAGUGUCGAUGCCUGGAGGGCUGGACUGGGCCCCUCUGCACGAUCCCUGUCUCCAGCAGCAGCUGCCUCAGCUCCAGGGGCCCAUCAUCUGCCACCACUGGAUGCCUCGUACCUGGGCCUGGGCCCUGUGAUGGGAACCCGUGUGCCAAUGGGGGCAGCUGUAGUGAGACCCUGGGGUCCUUCGAAUGCACCUGUCCCCGAGGGUUCUAUGGGUUGCGGUGUGAGGUGAGCGGGGUGACCUGUGCGGACGGACCUUGUUUCAACGGUGGCUUGUGUGUGGGAGGCGCAGACCCCGACUCGGCCUAUAUCUGCCACUGCCCGCCCGGUUUCCAAGGCUCCAACUGUGAGAAGAGGGUGGACCGGUGCAGCCUGCAGCCUUGCCGGAACGGCGGACUCUGCUUGGAUCUGGGCCACGCCCUCCGCUGCCGCUGCCGCGCCGGCUUCGCGGGGCCGCGCUGCGAGCACGACCUGGAAGACUGCACCGGCCACACCUGCGCCAACGGCGGCGCGCGCCGCUGCUCCUGCGCGCUGGGCUUCGGCGGCCGCGACUGUCGGGAGCGCGCCGACCCGUGUGCCGCGCGCCCCUGCGCCCACGGCGGCCGCUGCUACGCGCACUUCUCCGGCCUCGUCUGCGCCUGCGCGCCGGGCUACAUGGGCCCGCGGUGCGAGUUCCCGGUUCACCCCGACGGCGCGGGCGCAUUGCCCGCGGCCCAGCCCGGCCUGAGACAGGGGGACCCACAGCGCUUCCUUCUGCCGCCGGCUUUGGGACUGCUGGUGGCCGCGGGCUUGGCCGGCGCUGCGCUCUUGCUGGUCCACGUGCGACGCCGUGGCCCUAGCCGGGAUACUGGGCCUCGUUUGUUGGCGGGGACCCCGGAGCCGUCAGUCCACGCACUCCCUGAUGCACUCAACAACGUGAGGAUGCAGGAAGGUCCCGGGGACGGCCCGAGCCCGUCCUCAGACUGGAAUCACCCUGAAGAUGGAGACGCUCGUUCGAUUUACGUCAUAUCUGCUCCUUCCGUCUGUGCUCGGGAGGCCUGACCUGGCCCCUCUCCAUCAGCACGUGGAGACAGAACCUGAAUAUUUUUGUGCUCUCUGCUUCAGACACUUUGGAGUUCAAGCUGGAAGGGGUGACAGAGAGAAUUUUGCCAUUGGAAGUUGUACAUAGUGGUUAUUUAUAUCCUGUCUCUCUUUCUCUCCCCAUGCCUCCAGAGAUAUCUAUAAAAGCUCUUAGUUUGAUCA